AUGCAAACAAAUAUUUCUUGGGGCUUCUAUGCGCCAGUUCUUGAAAACAGCUAUUACAAGCAUUUCACUCAGGAUAAUGUCUUUUUCGUAACCUCCCCACAGCACGCGGCGGUGGAAGACACAUACUCCUGCCAGCAGAGGGCGUCCCUCGCCCUCGCGGCGUGAUCUGGGCCCACGAUGCUUUCAGGCUCCCACGCUCGCUCCCGAGCGCGGCUCCGCCUGCCGCGUCACGUGACGCGGCCGCCGAACCAGAGCGGCCGGCCCCAAACCGAGCUAAAUUCGUUGGCAGUGGCCUCUGCGGGUGCCACCACAGAGGCUCAUCUGAAGGAGUGGGGAGGCUCGUGGAGCCGAUGCUUCCUCUUCCGAUUUCAGAAUAAAGGUUCUCUUCAGUUUGAAGACAAAUGGGAUUUCAUGCGUCCAAUUGUUCUGAAGCUUUUACGCCAGGAAUCUGUUACAAAACAGCAGUGGUUUGAUCUGUUUUCGGAUGUACAUGCAGUCUGUCUCUGGGAUGAUAAAGGCCCAGCAAAAAUUCAUCAGGCUUUAAAAGAAGAUAUUCUUGAGUUUAUUAAGCAAGCACAGGCACGAGUACUGAGCCAUCAAGAUGAUACAGCUUUGCUAAAAGCUUACAUUGUUGAAUGGCGAAAAUUUUUUACACAGUGUGAUAUUUUACCGAAGCCUUUCUGUCAACUAGAGAUUACUUUAAUGGGUAAACAGGGCAGCAAUAAAAAAUCAAAUGUAGAAGACAGUAUUGUUCGAAAGCUCAUGCUUGAUACAUGGAAUGAAUCAAUCUUUUCAAAUAUAAAAAACAGACUUCAAGAUAGUGCAAUGAAGCUGGUCCAUGCUGAAAGGUUAGGAGAAGCUUUUGAUUCUCAGCUUGUCAUUGGAGUAAGAGAAUCCUAUGUUAACCUUUGUUCUAAUCCAGAGGAUAAGCUCCAAAUUUAUAGGGACAAUUUUGAGAAGGCAUACUUGGAUUCAACAGAGAGAUUUUAUAGAACACAGGCACCCUCGUAUUUACAACAAAAUGGUGUACAGAAUUAUAUGAAAUAUGCAGAUGCUAAAUUGAAAGAAGAAGAAAAACGAGCCCUACGUUAUUUAGAAACAAGACGAGAAUGUAACUCUGUUGAAGCACUUAUGGAAUGCUGUGUAAAUGCCCUGGUGACAUCCUUUAAAGAGACUAUCUUAGCAGAGUGCCAAGGCAUGAUCAAGCGAAACGAAACUGAAAAAUUACAUUUAAUGUUUUCAUUGAUGGACAAAGUUCCUAAUGGGAUAGAACCAAUGUUAAAAGACUUGGAGGAGCAUAUCAUCAGUGCGGGCCUGGCAGAUAUGGUAGCAGCUGCUGAAACUAUUACUACUGACUCUGAGAAGUAUGUUGAGCAGUUACUUACACUAUUUAAUAGAUUCAGUAAACUUGUCAAAGAAGCUUUUCAGGAUGACCCACGAUUUCUUACUGCAAGAGACAAGGCAUAUAAAGCAGUUGUUAAUGAUGCUACCAUAUUUAAACUUGAAUUACCUUUGAAGCAGAAGGGGGUGGGAUUAAAAACUCAGCCUGAAUCAAAGUGCCCUGAACUGCUUGCCAAUUACUGUGACAUGUUGCUAAGAAAAACGCCAUUAAGCAAAAAGCUAACCUCUGAAGAGAUUGAAGCAAAGCUUAAAGAAGUGCUCUUGGUACUUAAAUAUGUACAAAACAAAGACGUUUUUAUGAGAUAUCACAAAGCUCAUUUGACACGACGUCUUAUAUUAGACAUCUCUGCUGAUAGUGAAAUUGAAGAGAAUAUGGUAGAGUGGCUAAGAGAAGUUGGUAUGCCAGCAGAUUAUGUAAACAAGCUUGCUAGAAUGUUUCAGGACAUAAAAGUAUCUGAAGAUUUGAACCAAGCUUUUAAGGAAAUGCACAAAAACAAUAAAUUGGCAUUACCAGCUGAUUCAGUUAAUAUAAAAAUUCUGAAUGCUGGUGCCUGGUCAAGAAGCUCUGAAAAAGUCUUUGUCUCACUUCCUACUGAACUGGAGGAUUUGAUACCUGAAGUAGAAGAAUUCUACAAAAAGAACCAUAGUGGAAGAAAAUUACAUUGGCAUCAUCUCAUGUCAAAUGGAAUUAUAACAUUUAAGAAUGAAGUAGGCCAAUAUGAUUUGGAGGUAACAACGUUUCAGCUGGCUGUAUUGUUUGCAUGGAACCAAAGACCCAGAGAGAAAAUCAGCUUUGAAAAUCUAAAACUUGCAACUGAACUCCCUGAUGCUGAGCUUAGGAGGACUCUAUGGUCUUUAGUAGCUUUCCCAAAGCUCAAACGGCAAGUUUUAUUGUAUGAACCUCAAGUCAACUCACCCAAAGACUUUACAGAAGGUACCCUCUUCUCAGUGAACCAGGAGUUCAGUUUAAUAAAAAAUGCAAAAGUUCAGAAAAGGGGUAAAAUCAACUUGAUUGGACGCUUGCAGCUCACUACAGAAAGAAUGAGAGAGGAAGAGAAUGAAGGAAUAGUUCAACUAAGAAUACUGAGAACCCAGGAAGCUAUCAUACAAAUAAUGAAGAUGAGAAAGAAAAUUAGUAAUGCUCAGCUGCAGACUGAAUUAGUAGAAAUUUUGAAAAACAUGUUCCUGCCACAAAAGAAAAUGAUAAAAGAGCAAAUAGAAUGGCUAAUAGAGCACAAAUACAUCAGAAGAGAUGAAUCUGAUAUCAACACUUUCAUAUAUAUGGCAUAAUUUUGAAUAUCAUGGACAAUAUUAAGAACCCAAAUUUUGGAGUGCUUCGGCAGAAAGUUCUUACAGUUUGUGCUAGGGGAAGGUUUAGUUGGACUUUGAUUACAUAAAUAUUAAAAUCUCUGCCUUACCUAACAAAACAACUAUAUUUUGCCAAUCACAUUAGUUAGCAUGGUGGCAUUCCUUUCAUGUUGCACCACUCUGUUUUAACAGCAUGCUGUUUUGUGAGAAACUUGCAUUCACAAAGAGCCCAUAAUGAGCUUUUAAAAUCCUGGUUUAUA